UUUCCAGCGGAAUAUUCGCUCACAGUGGGUUCGGAUUUGGACAUUUCCCUAACCAUGGAUGCCACUCAGCUGACCGAACUGAUGACCAGUCAUGACUUCAUGCAGUUACAGCAGCAGUUGCACCACAACAACAACAAUUACAACACGGACGGACACAAUGGUCUGUCGCCAGAAUCGGCGGAAGGCAGUACCCGGCCGGUGAGACGAGCCACCAGACGCACCUCACAGGUAAGCAAUAACACCUACGACCUGGAGAUGACGGACUCCAGUUCGCAGAGCGACGACACUAGUGGUGGUGGUGGCAGCAGCAACGGAGGCGGUAGCAGUACCACCAAUACCGGCCAUCCGCCGGGAAGCUCCCAGGGUGGGCAGGGAUCCCUUGGUCGGGGACGGAACCAGCAGACCGGCUCCGGUGGCUGUGGAUCCAGUCUAACGCCAAACAGCGCCAACUCCAGCUCCUCUAAUGCGAACGCCAAUGCCAAUCGGCGGCGCAAGGGAGCGCUGAACGCCAAGGAGCGAAACCUGAGGCGACUGGAGUCCAAUGAGCGCGAGCGGAUGCGGAUGCAUAGCUUGAACGAUGCGUUUCAAUCGCUGCGCGAGGUCAUCCCACACGUGGAGAUGGAGCGUCGUCUGUCCAAGAUAGAAACCCUGACGCUGGCCAAGAACUACAUUAUCAAUCUGACUCACAUCAUUCUGUCCAAGCGCAACGAGGAGGCGGCGGCCAUGGAGCUAAACUCCGGGGCCGUUGGUGGUGUACUGCUCUCCAAUCUCACAGCGGAAGGCGGUGGCGUUGGUGGAGCAGCAAGUGGCACGGCUGGGAACUCCAGUGCCACAACGCUUUGCUUUGAGGACGCCCUGGCCAACGGCGGGGCUUUCGAUUGCGCUCUCCUGGCCGCCAGUGAUGGCAGCUUGCUGAACGCUGCCGCUGUGACCGCCACUUCCACGAUGCAGAGCCUCCAGCCCCAGGCCAUGCACAUGCAGACGCCACUGGAGCAGCAGCAACAGCAGCAGCAAGGCACUCACCUUCCGCCGCACCAGCACCAGCAGACGAUGCUUGGCCAUGGCCACAUGGGAGCCAGCAUGAUGCAGUCGCAGCAGCAGCAGCAGCAGCCUACGCUCAUACUCAAUGGAAACACGGCUGUGGGCGUGGGCGUUGGGAUAGGUGUGGGCGUGGGCAAUAAUGGCGCCAGUUUCGCGGAUAUCAAUGACAACUUUGAUGAGCCUUUCCGGGAGUUUCUCUAAGACAUUGGCGAGGCGGGGUUAAAUGAUGAAGGUCUGUGGUAAAUGGGGAUUCAAGUGUGAAUAGAAUUUGUAGCUUAAAGGAAGAAUCUAUGAUCAAUCGAGUCCUUGUACACUCAAAGAAACAGAUUGAUGUAUCUAACUAUCGCUCAAAAUUUUUAAGUAUAAUGGUUAAAGGUGGUUUCAUCAACAGUCGCAUCUUUUUGGUUUUAUAUGGAAUGAUUUGUAUUGGAAGGAAAAGGAACUUGGUUUUAAAUAGUAUGUUUAUAAAAUUAUAUUUUUUUUCCAACACCUUUUGUUGAUAUUUAUUUUUUAAAUAAUAAUCUUAUAUUAUGCCUUGACCCAUCUAGAACAGAAAUUUCUUCAGAUUCUCUAAAAAAAACCCCAAUCCUCUGCCUGCUAAAAAAUGAAUACAAUGUUUA